UGAAGUAAUCCAGCGGAAUCACGAAUUAAUCCGGGUUCAGGAUAACGUUACGUCGCGUUGGAUACCUGCGUGUUUACACAGGACUUGUUUACAAUGGUUUCAUCAGUAAAUAAUGAUGCUACAAUUUUUUAAGAAGUCAGGAUCCAAAGAGAAGCCUCGAUCGUCCACCAGUUCUCCAGCGACCUCGCCAACCCUCGAGAGACUCCCAGGAAGUGAUGGGAAUCCUUCGAGAGUUCACCUUGUCCCCUCCCACAGCCUCGAAGAAGAGGAAGACGACGGCGAGGAGUCGGUUUCGAGCUUAAAACUCGAGAUCUGCAGAUCCAGGCUCUCCAAGACCCUCGCUGAGAUUUUGAACGACAAAGAUGCACUCGGAUACUUUCUCCAGUUCAUGGAGAGCAGGAAUAGGCUCGCUGUCAUCAAGUGUUGGAUGGAAGUCGAGUGUUUUCGAGAGACAGACGACAAUGAUGAUGAAUUCAAUUCGAAUAAACUGGGGAAUAAUGUAAAUAAAAAUGAUGUUGAGGCACCAAAGAAUAGGUUUAGAGCCUGGAGGACCAUUGACGAGGAGUCUGGAGACUCUGGGGUCGUCCAGGAUGCUCUCAGAGUCUACAAUAAAUAUAUUGUUAAGGAUACGUUGAGGAUAAAUGUAGAUUCGGGACUGAAGAGCCAGAUGGAGGAGGCUGUUGGGAAUUGCGAUCAUCCAGGGCUUAUCAAAGGACUUCUGGAAGUUCAGAAAACGAUUUUCCGAGUCCUGAAGGAUGAAUUUAUCGACGACUUUUUGAGGAGUGACUUUCAUUGUAAACAUCAGAUCGAUGUGUUGACGAGUGGAGAUGUGAAACUGGCGGACAUUUUAUUCAACGAAACUGCUUUUUUCUAUUUUAUGGAGUUUAUGGAGCUGGAGAACAAGAGGGAAUUGCUGGAUUUUUGGAUGUCAGCUGUCAGUUAUAAGCAGAACCUGGUGGGGAAGGGCUCCUAUGAUCCCAUGGAAGCCCAGAGCGACGCUCUUAUCGUAUACGAAAAGUACUUCAGUCUUCAGGCCACAAUGCCCCUCGGGUUCAGUGACAAAAUACGAUUCCAAGUCGAGCAGAACAUCUGCACCGAGGGUGAAGACGGUCCUCGUCCCGACUGCUUUGAAAAGCCGAGUAUCAUUGUAUAUAACUUCCUCAGUAAGCAUUAUCUCCCGGCGUUCUUAUCUUCCCAACUGUAUUACAAAUACCUCUCUGAGUUAAUCAGCACUAUUCAGAGCAGCGCCUGUGGGCAUCCUCGUGUCAAACGCGCAGAAUCAGAUUGCAGCAGUGAAGUCAGCACUUUGAGUAUUGGAACCCACGACACCUCGCAGAACUCCCAUUCUGAUGAAAUUAAUCAGCCCUCGAGCAGACAGAAGAUGAAUGGGAGCAUGAGUAUUGACGCUAGACAGCUCUAUGAUCCUGAUUCCUUGUGGAGACGAACCAAAUGCAGUUUAAGCGUUGGAUACGUCGACAAUUUGGGACGAUUCGUCACAGAAAUUGAUCCAGAUCCUCAAAGAAAAUACGAGUCCAGAUUAUCGAGAGCAGUGAAGAGAUUUAUACACCUGGAGCAGGAUAAGGCUAAAGAGGAGCUAGCAUGGAAAAUAGCUGAGAUGAUAGUUCGAGAGAUCACCUCCCUGACCCUAGGAGUGCCGGAGUUACGUUCCUAAUUAAUUAAAAUCUCCCCAAGAAUUUAUUCUUUCGGCUGAUUCGAGAAUGUUCCGCUCGUGCCAAAAUUACAAAGGCUGGUUUUCAAUCAGCAAGAGUAUUUUUUUAAUUAGUUACUCACUGAAUUCAAAUUUCAUCCUCAGUAGGAGCUUUUCAAGUGAUUUAAAAAGAAAAUGAUAAUCAAAUCGAAAUAAUCUCUCCGAUAAUGAAGAGAAUUUUUAUAAAAUAUUUUUCCUACUUAAGUGAGAUUAUUACAUAGUAUUUUUAAUGUUUAAGUGUUGAUUGAUAUAGUUCUACCGACUCCUCUGGUGCUAAAUUGUUGGGCACUGAUUUAACAACGAUUGUAGGAAAAAUUUCUUCCGAUUGCGAAAUGUCUUCAGGCCAUGACAGUGUUCUCAUCGAUUUUUUUAGAACGCUUCUGUUUAAGAUUUUUUUUUUGUGGGGAAAAAUGUACGGAAAAGUAAUGCUUUGUGACUGUACAUAAUAGAUAUGCAUAAUCUUUGUUCAUGAUAUGAUAAACGAGAAAAUAAAAGAUAAUUUUUCACUA